AUGGAAAUGAGUAAAAUUAAAAAGACUAUGAUGAAAGUAAAAAAAAGAACAAUUUAAGCUCUUCUUUAUAUAUCUGAAGAUGGAUUUGAUUUGGCAAAGAGUCCUUUUUUUAAUUGUUGUAAAAUAGUCAUAUAUUUUUUAUAAUUGGAGGGAUAUGUUUUUAGUCAAUUCGAAACUAAACAUUUGAAUUUGUCUGAAAAUAUAUAUUUAGCCAAUUAUACUUAAUUGUCCCCCUUAACUUUUCUAUUACUUUAAAUUGGAAACGAUGUAUUAACAUCAUUCUUCUUUUAUUUCAUAUUUUGUUUGCAUGUUAUUGUCUAUUUGACAUUAAUUAAGAUGUCUCUUGAUUCAGAUAUUGCAAAACCAAAUUACAUUAAAAAAGUAUUGAAUCUAUUUUUCAUUAAUUAUUAAUGGAUAUUUGUUACACCCUUUUAAGAAAUAAGUGUAGGUGUUAUGGUUUGUGGUAAGACAGCAUUUAUAAAGGAGAAUUAAUUCUCUCCUGAUUGUUCAUCUGAAAAAAAUAAAUUAUUUUAUGUAUUUGGAGUAUUAGGAACACUUUUUGUCUCACUAUCAGGAUUUUCAAUAUCAUAUUUUUUUAGAAAUUAUUAAUUUUAUGAAAAAACCUUUUCAAGAUCGUUUAGUUACACUAAUGUAUUCAGAAUUAUGUUGCAUUAAUUAGUAAUAAUACUUUAUUAUAUCAACUUUCCAGGAAUAGAUUAUGCAAAACAUGCCUUUCAAUAAUUAUUAGGAAUAUCCUUAAUUUAUGAUAUAUUGGUGAAUUAACCAUUUGGAUAUUCUUUUGAAGCUAACUUUUAUAGUUCUGCUACUUUCACUCAUUAAUAUUUCUUAAUUUUGACAUCAAUUUGGAUCUUUAGUCCUGGAUUGGAAGAUUAUUUUCUAUUUUAUACAUUUCUUAUAAUUGCACCUGUAAGAUAUAAUAAUUAUAUUAUUUAAAGUUAUUUAUAAUAUUGUCUAACCAAUUUCAAAAGAGAGAUUAAAUUAAGAUUUGUAAUUCUUUCCAAUUAGCUAUUUACAAUAAUAGGGCUGACAAAUAUUUGGAAGAGAUCUAUAGAACAGCUGAAGAAAGUGAUACAAGUAUCGAAUCAAAAAUAUUAUUUAUUUAAAUCCUUAAUCAUCACAUAUAAUUAUGUAUAGAUAAUGAAUGCUCAUGUAUGUUGAAUGUUUAGAACUUCUUUCAAAAUAAUUCAGUUGAUUAUAAAUAAUUGAAUUUAUGGACAACUUAUGUUUUUGAGAAAUGUUUAUAACUUGCUUUACUUAAUCGUGAUUAUGAAUUUUAUGAACAUUUAGCUUUGAAAUAUGUAACAUUUUUGGCAAAAUAUAAAAAUAAUCCUAUAAAUGCUUAUACAAUAUUGUAAUAGAUAAUGAAUAAUUAAUAAUCACAAAAUUUAAAUAUAAAGGGUCGUUAAGUAUAAUCUUCAUCUUUUUAUUUUCUCAACAUUUAAUUUAUUUUAUAAAAAAGAAAUAGAGCUCAAUUUUAAAAUUAAAAUAUUCAUCAUUCUGAAUAAAUUCUUUAAUUAUUGAAGGGUCAUUCAGUUAUUGAAAAUAUAGGUACUCUUUUACAAUAAGAAAUCAGAAGUUUGGCAUUAAUAAAAUAAUAAUUUUGGGAAGAUUAUUAUAAUAAUAAGAUUUAAUCAUUUUAAUAAUUAUUAGAAUAAUUGAAUAAGAUUUAAAAUUCAAUUCACACAGUUAACACACUUGUUAAAAUGCUUAGAAGUAAAAAUAUUAAAAAAAAAUAAAUGAUAUUUGAUUGUGUUAGCAUAUUAAAUCUAGAAUUAUUAUUUAAGAUUUGUUCAACAAAUAAUAUACUAGAAAUUUAUGAAAUUUAACAUUAAAUUUAAUAAAUCCUAUUUCUUGAAUAAUAAGAAUUAGAAUCAUUUUUAAAUUUUCAUUUUUAAAAUUAAUAAAGUAUAGGACUUGUAUCUAAUAUCACUUUAAAAAGAAGAGGAGAAUUAUGGAAACCAAAUUAAGCCUUACUUGAAUAAUACUUUAAUGUAAAUUUCUAGAUAUCUCAUCUCAAUUAAUUGAUGCCUCCAUUCAUUGCUGAUAUACAUGAUGGAAUCAUAGAAAACUUUAUUAGAAAGGGAUAUAGUUACAAAAUGGAAUAAACUAGUUUGAUAUUUUCUAUUUAUGGAGAUGGAUUAAUAUAACCUCUUCAAUUCACUUUAGGAUAUUUCUUUCCUAAAUUUUCAUCUGAUUUUGAAUUUUAUUUAAUGGCUUUUUUUAAAAAAAUUGAAAGUAAUUAAAGAGCAGGUAAUACAGAAAAAAGUAAUAUAGGCUAUAUAUAUUUUGAUAUCAAUUUAAAUAUUUUAGGAGUUAAUGAAGUUGUAUAUAAUAAAGUAUUUAAUUAACAAAGUUUAGAUUUAAAUAAAUUGGAAUUAUGUUAUAUUAUACCUUCAAUAAUAGAUUCAUUAAUAUCUUAAUAUCAUUUUAUGAUUGAAAGAUAAAUUAGUGAAUUAGUUGAUAAUGAUAUUAUUAUGUAAAAAUAAUAAGAAACAUUUUAUGUACCUAAAGAUUUAAGGAGAAUAUACUAAAUUAAUUAAAAUUGUAAUUUAAAGAAUAGAUUGUCAUAAUUAGAAGAUAUUUAAGAAGAUAUAUAAAAGGCUAAUCCUUUUGGAGAUUUAAAACAAUAUUAAAUUAGUUAUUAAUUAUUUUCCAAAAUUAUUUAUUAUUAAAAAGGAAAUCUAUUAACAAAUAAGGAAUUCUUUUUUUUGAAGGUGUAAUUUUUAGAGGAACAAGAAAAUAAAGUUGAUUUAAAAGAUUAUAAGGAUUCAAAAUUAAAUAAUUAACCUUAAAAUAUAUUAAAUACUCCAAAUGGUAGUUCUAUCUCUAGUUAAAGUAUAGAAAAUGCCAUACUAGAAUUAGGAUCAUAAAGAUCCAAAUCAAGUAAUUAAUCUUUACUUUAAUAAUCAAAUUAAUUUCAUAAUUAAUUAUUGAACAAUAAAAACAAAAACAUUACCUUAUUAUUUAUAUUAAUAAAUCUCAUCUUUGCCAUUUUCUUUUUAGCUACAUUCAUUAUCAUCAGUUUAAUAAUUUUGAGUAAAUUUUCAAUUGCAAAUUAUUGCAUUUCAACAUAGACUCAUGUUUUAAGAGAAACAUCAUCUUUGGCUAGUGUUGUUAAUGCAUUUAAUAAUGAAUAAUUAUGUAAAACUAUCCCUUUAAGUAAAAUCACAUUACAAUUUGAUUCAUAAAACACUUUUAUUUCAUCAGAUGAAAAUUUAUUAUUAUAAUAAUAAUUAAUCUCAUAUCUAACUGAUUAGAUUACUUUAAUUAUAUAGGAAAGAAAUGUUUAAAUGGAAACUUAAGAAUAAUUAUAACUAAUUUAUGUAAAUGAAUUGAUUGCUAGUAGAAAUAUAUAAAGUCUUUAAAACUUUUUAAUAUUAAGAUAAAUCAUAUUAACAAGCAUUUAAAAUAAUAAUAUUAAUAGGAAUAUAAAAGAUUUAAGUACUAUUAUAAUAAACUAUCCUACACAUAUUAGGUAUUUAAAUGAAGAAAUAAUCAAUUGUUUUAUGGAAUUUGAUAAUUAAUUAAAUUCAUCUACUAAUACAUCAAAUUAAGUUAUUAUCAGUCUCUAUAUAUUACUAUUUAUAAUCUUUGUACUUUAAUUAUUGGUAAUCAAUAAACUUUUUCGUUAAAGAAAAUUAAUACUAAAACUAUUUACAAGAACAGAUUAUAAAGAAGCUUUAUUAGAAUCAGAGAAAUUUGGGGUAAUUUAAAAUACAUUAAGAAAUUUAGAAAAUAUUUGGUUAUCUAAAAAUAUAUCUGUUGUACUUCAUUCCAUUAAUUAAAAAUCAUUAAAAGAUGAUGAUGAUCAAGGUUAUUAAUAAAAAUAAUCAGAUAGAGGUAAAUCUUUAAAAACAGAGAAAUUAGAUAAUUUUGACAAUGCUAAAUUUAAAAUAUCAAUAUCUCACUAAUUAUCAAAUUUAUUAAGUUUACUAAUCAUAAUUGGAAUUACAGUAUUCACAUUUGUAUAUAUAAUAUCAUUUCAUGUUCAAAUAGUUAAUUCAUCCUAAAAUCUUGAUUAAUACUCCUAUUUUAGUCAAAUUUUAUAAUAAUUUUAUUAUGAUUAUUUGAAUUCCUAUAGUAAUUGUCAAUAUUAAAUGAUGUUACAAACUUAUAAAUAUUAAAAAGAUGCUGAAAUACUGUAAUAAAUUUAUAAAUAGAAUUAAACUCAAUAAGAUAAAUUAAGUAAGGAUUUAGAUCAUUUAAAUACUAAUGAAUUUAGUACCAUAUUAUUGGCUUCCAAUUAAACAGAUAUAUAAAAUAUACUAUUGAUGAAAGAUACAGAUUUAGAACUAUUUUUUUAAGGAUAUUUGUGUUAAGUUGAUGAGUUAAUAUGUUAAAUAGAAAAUAGAGAUAUAGAUUAUCAAUCUUAAUUAAUGUCUUAUUAUAAUAGAAGUGAACAUCAAUUGCUUUUACAAUAGGGAUAGGUAUUUUAUUAAAAUAGUUAAUUAUAUAAUUUGAAUGAUUCUGAUAUUAUUAUAGAUAAGAUAAAAGAGAUAAUGACUUCAUCUGAUUAUUUUUUAAAUAAUAUUUGGGGUUUUGAUAUCAUAAAUUAAAGGAUAUCAAAUAGUAUAAUAUAUUUGACAGAACGUAUGACUAAUAAUGUUUAAUAAUCUGGAAAUUCUAUGUUUUUAUUUGCUUUAAUUUUGGGAGUAUUUUAUUUUUUUUUAACAUUGAUUGCAUUAUUACUUUUUGGUAAAUAUUCAAAAAAAUAGAAUUAAAUAAUAAGACAUUAUUUAAUAUAAAUACCAUUUGCAACAAUAUUAAAAAAAAACAUUUAUUAAUAAUUAAAAUUUAUAGAUUGA